UCAAGAAACACUUCCGGUCCGCAAGAAAACAUGUCGGCGCCCUUGCGAAUGUCAUGUUGUUGACUGUCUUUAUAUUGUAUGUGUUCAAGCGCUACCACAAACACGUUAAGCUUAUAUUUUUAUAAUAUUACAGACGUUUCUGCAUGCAGUUACCGGAUUUAUAAGGGAAUCUGUCAAUCAUGGUCCAUUUGUCAUCUUUCCUGCUCAAGAAAUAUCACGGUGGGCAUGUGGUCAUCAGGCUGGCAUUAGGAGGCGCCACUAACAGACCUUUCUACCGCAUUGUGUCUGCUUAUAAUAAACGGGCGAGAGACGGUAAAUAUAUCGAGCAGCUGGGCUCAUAUGACCCUCUCCCGAACAUUCAUAAUGAAAAACUUGUCGCCUUCAAUUACGAAAGGAUCAAGUACUGGAUUGGAUGCGGCGCUCAUACAACACCACCAGUGGCCAAACUUCUAGGAUUGGCUGGAUUUUUCCCACUGCAUCCAAUGACAAUAACGGAAGCAGAGCGGAGACAGAAAGCCACUUCGACGGAAGUUGUUCAAACAGACAGUCAAGACCAAGUGGAGCAGUAAAACCAAAAUAAAGUGCUAAUGAUUGUUUU